GAGCUGCGCCGCCCGCUCCGGGGCUCCGCGGGAGAUCUGAGCGAUCCUCGGUGCGCGGCUCCGUCGGCGGUGAUCCGGCGCUGAGAGGUCACUGAGGCUGAGCAGUGUGGGCUGCAGAUGGAGAUGGUUUGACCACUGAUUGUGGAGACGCCGGCUCUGAGGCCCAGGUAGGACGUGUCUGCCCCACCAUGGCUGCUGUACUGGGGCUGCCAUCGCCCCACUGUCCUCCAUAGCCUGCCAGAAGCAGAUUGCUGCCCUGACGUGCCACCAUGGAGCAGCCCACGUGGGUGCCUCAGCCCCCGCGCAUCCUGGGCUCCUGUGGGCAGAAGGCAGAGGCCGCAGGGGAGAUGCCACCGGACCCGGUGCAAGAACCGGGGGACCCUGAGGAGCUGCACAUUGCCCUGCCCCUGGGCGAGGAUGGGGAGCUGCUGGAGUGUCCCCUUUGCCUGCUUCCUCAGCCACCCGAGGCCUUUCCCAGCCUUGCCUCCUGCUCCCACCGCUCGUGCCGGGCCUGCCUGCAGCAGUACCUGCGCAUCGCCGUCAGCGAGAGCCGUGUGAGGGUGGCCUGCCCACACUGCCCCACCGUGCUGCAGCCUGCUGACGUCCACAGCCUCCUGCCAGAGCCUGCCCUCCGUGACAAGUACGAGGAGUUCCUCCUGAGGAGGCUUCUGGCAGCUGACCCCGGCACCCGCUGGUGUCCUGCACCAGACUGCAGCUAUGCUGUCAUUGCCUAUGGCUUUGCUGAGUGUCCUCGCCUCACCUGUGGACGUGAGGGCUGUGGCACCGAGUUCUGCUACCACUGCCGGCAGCCCUGGCACCCUGAUGGGCCAUGUGCAGCAGCACCGCUGGCCUCCAGCCUAGCCAGCCCUUCUGCACAGCUGGUUUACACAGAGGAGUCUGCUAAUGCUGAGGCUGAAGACAUCAAGGUUUGUCCCCGCUGCAGUGCCUUCAUUAUGAAGAUCAAUGAUGGGAGCUGCAACCGCAUGAACUGCACGGUGUGCGGCUGCCUGUUCUGCUGGCUCUGCCUGCAGGAGAUCUCUGACGUGCACUUCCUGAGCCCAUCUGGAUGCACCUUCUGGGGUAAAAGGCCCUGGUCAAGGACCCGGAAGAUCCUGUGGCAGCUGGGCAUGGUGCUGGGGGCACCUAUGGUGAUCUCCCUCGUCGCAGGCAUUGCUGUGCCUGUCAUUAUCAUUGGCCUUCCCAUCUACACGGGUAGGAAGGUGCUGGGCCAGAGCCGAAGGAGCAGCUUGUCACCUUGCCAGCAGUGCUUCUCCGUCACCAGCGGUGUCCUCCUCUCUCUCUUUGUGUCCCCCAUCAUAACAGCUGUCACGGUGGGCAUUGGCGUGCCCCUGAUGCUCACCUAUGUCUAUGGAGUGGUAGUGCUGUCUCUGUGCCGGAGCCGCAGUAGCUGUGGCCGCAGCCAACCUGGGGACCUCGGUGUGGUAGAGCUGGAGAACUUGACCAAGCUGAACGAGCUGUGGUCAGUGCUGCCCAGCCCCAAGGGUGUUGAGGACGGAGUUGCAGACCCAGCCACCUCUUUCCCCAGCAGCAGCCACAGCCCACGCCCCAGGGUGAUGUGGAAGGAGCAGGACAGCCACUCAGCCAGCACCGUGGCCCUCGCAGGCAGCACGCUGAGCGAUACAUCCUACCGAGAAGGCAUCAACAUCGAGGUGGAAGUGGCGAUUGAAUCAGUGCCGCAUCCCAGCCGAGAGCAAAGCCUGUGCAGCCCACAGUCAGGGCAGUCUCUCUCAGGGGACUCCCUGGGGGGCACCAGCGACAAGUGCAGCAUCACAGGUGUCCCAGUGGAUUGAAGAGGACAGAGCAGCAGUGAGCUGGGAGAAUCAUGAGCUGCAGAGCACCCAUUUCAACUCCCAUCAACGUGAAGAGCCCACACCUUCCUUUGGCAGCCCUGGAUGCCGUCCACGUGGCAUCAGCAGCCCCAGGGCCUGGAUCUGGCCAUCCCCAGACUCGGCAGACCCUCACCCCACACUCAGCACUGCCUGCUCCCUGUUGUAUCCAUCCUGUCACACCUCUUCCCCAAAGGCAGGCUUGAGCAUUGGCACUGCUGAGAAAUAAAACACUCCAAGAGUCACAGCAGGCUCUGAUCUGUGGUUGAGGCUGGGCAGGGAUUAGGGUGGCUGGGCCACACCACAGCCAACAGACAACAGGCACAAGCUGUGUGGUACCCAUUACUUUGUGUUCUGUGCUUUUGACCCCUAGUCAGCCUUAGCAAAACUGAUUUUAUCCUGAUAGCAGACUCAUGAUUAGAGCCAAAGGCCUUGGAUAUGGCACAUGACAUAGCACAAGCAUUUUGAUUCAAAGUUCUCAAGAUAAAACAUUGGAAGCACGCAGUAAGUGCUCUAAAACCAGUUACAUCUCAAUGCAAAUUUCCAAUGUGAGAUCACUGCCAAACAGACUCUGUGGAGUCUCUUUAAUAACCAGAACCUAAAUUGAAAAAUGACCCCUCCUGUGAGGGUCUCACUGCAGGAGGAGCAUGGGGGGGACAAAAGCAGCUCCAGCUCUGGACACGUCAUUACUGAGCACUUAACAGAGGGAUUUGGGGUCAGGGCCACUUGGGAACGGGCUUACCUUGUCACAAAGAUCUCUGGGCUGGUGAAGCAUGGGUGCAAGGUGAAGGGACACAGCAGCAUGGAACAGCAGAGUUCAUCCCACAGAAGCAGUGGCAGUAUUGACACAAGCCAUAUAAAGCUGUCCACAACCC